GGUCCCCCGAGGAAGUCAUUCAUUCUCACUGGUCUAACGACGCUCAGCAAUCCAAAGCAUACUCAUCGUGUUGAGAAAAGUGUUAUACAUCCUGAUUAUGACGGGAAGGAAAUGAACAAUGACAUCGCCCUCGUCAAGAGCAAAUACUCCUUAUAUAAUGAAGGCGUUUCGAGCGUAUGUCUAGCUAGAAACGAUUCCGAACUACUUUCAACUGCGGAAGGAGUUGUUACAGGAUUUGGACUACACGUAGUAAGCCAGUCCUUGUUUGGAGUGACUAUGGGAGUCAGUGAUGUUGUACUCGAGACGACGUUACCAAUAAUUUCAAAAAGCAAGUGCCAAAAAGAAUGGAGCGUAUUAUCGGGAGGUACAAUAACGAUUUCUGAUGAUCAAUUGUGCGCUGGAUCCAGAAUGCAUGGAACUGGACCGGGCGAUAGUGGUGGACCAUUGCUGGCCAAAGGAAGUAAUGGAAAACUGAUACAAGUUGGCAUAACCUCUUUUGGGGCUGCAGGCUUUCGAGGACUCUUGGAUCAGAGCACUUAUCCGGGUACUGAGCUUUGCGUUUCUUUUCCCUUUAAUUUAAAAGACUAUUUAACCAUUUAUCACUUAUAUACG